CCGCUGGAAAAGAGAAGAGAGAAAAAAAACUUUUUUUUUUAAUUGAGGAAUCAACAGCCGCCAUCUUGUCGCGGAGGAGCCGGACCGAGAGCGCCGCCACAGCCGAGGCCGAGGCUGAGGCUGAGGGCCGGGCCUUGCUUCCCGAGGAGCGCAGAGGAGAGGGCCGGCGCCUUCCGCGGAGGAAGGCAGGCCGCGAGAGAGAGAGGGGGAGAGAGAGAGGGCCCAAGCCCGCUCCCCAUUGGGCCCAGCCGGGCAGGCCCAGAGCCUGAGAGAGAGCCAGAGGGAGAGAAGAGGGCAGGCCGGGAACGAGGCGAUGAGGGAGGAGCGGCUGCUGCUGCUGGUGCGGCGGCGGCGGAGGCGGCGCUGGUCCCGGGGCCCUUCCUCGCGGCCCUGAGCGGCGCCCGACCUGCUCCUUCCUCCCUUCCUUCCUUCUCCUUCUCCGGCGUUGGCGGCGCCACGGCGGGCCCCGGGAGGCGGCGGCGGAGGAGGCGGCGGCGGAGGAGGAGGAGGCCAUGGCGGAGAACUUGCUGGACGGGCCGCCCAACGCCAAGCGGGCCAAGCUCAACUCGCCGGGCUUCCCGGGCCCGGACCCCAGCGAUUUCGGAUCCUUUUUUAACUUGGAGAACGACCUCCCCGACGAGCUGAUCUCAAACGGAGACCUGAGCCUUUUGAGCAAUAGCAGUGGAAGUCUGGUCCCGGAUGCGGCCUCCAAACACAAGCAGCUGUCUGAGCUGCUGAGGGGCGGCGUGAGCGCAGUGGGGGGCCCGGUCCCGCAAGGGGUCGGGGUCCCAUCCCAGGGGCAACCCAACACUGGACUCGGUGGCGGAAGCAGCCUGGGAGCCAUGGGCAAGAGCCCGCUGGGACCCGGGGAGGCUGCCACAGGGGGGCCCUUGGCCAAGCCUCCCUCUGCAGCCCCACCCCAGAAGCAGCAGCAGCAGGCCGGCAUGGUGGCCGGCAGCCCCGCUUCCUCAUCCCCCGCCCAGGCCUCUGCAGGCGGAGGGAUGCACCUGAACACAAGCUUUGGCCAGGCUCUCCCAGGACUCCUCAACAGCAACAGCUCUGGCCACAGCCUCCUGGGACCUGCCCAGCAAGGACAAGGGCAAGGGCAGGUGAUGAACGGUUCCCUGGGGGCGGCCGGAAGAGGAGGACGUGGCGGCACUGGCAUGCAGUACUCAGCUGCCGGGAUGCAAGGCGGCACGGGCAAUGUCCUGGCAGAAGCCUUAGCACAGGUGUCACCCCAAAUGGCAGCCCACGCGGGCCUCAACGCCUCCCAGGCCGCAUCCAUGGCGAAAAUGGGGAUGGCCAGCAACCCAGGACCCUUUGGCCAGGCGUUUGGUCAGACGGCCGGCGGGCAGCAGUUGGGAGGAGCCGGAGUCAGUCCUUCUUUACCGAACAAGCCUGGCCUGGCCAGCAGCCUCUCCCCCUUCCCUCCCGACAUCAAGAGCGUAUCUGUGACCAGUGUGCCAAAUAUGAUGCCGGGCCAAGUGCAGCAGCAGGUGAGCCUCGUCCCGACACAGGCGAUGGCCGCCGGGCCCACCGCCGACCCGGAGAAGCGCAAGCUGAUCCAACAGCAGUUGGUCCUGCUGCUCCAUGCUCACAAGUGCCAGCGGCGGGAGCAGGCCAACGGGGAAGUUCGGGCCUGCGCCCUGCCCCACUGCCGGACCAUGAAGAACGUCCUCAACCACAUGACCCACUGCCAGGCAGGGAAGGCCUGCCAAGUGGCGCAUUGUGCAUCGUCCCGUCAGAUCAUCUCCCACUGGAAGAACUGCACGCGACACGACUGCCCUGUCUGCCUCCCGCUGAAGAACGCCAGUGACAAGAGGAACCAGCAGCCGCUCCUGGGGUCUCCGGUGGCAGGGAUGCAGAACUCAGUGGCCUCCGGCACAGGACAGGCAGCAACAGCACCCCUCAGCAACCCCAACCCCAUUGACCCCAGCUCCAUGCAGCGCGCCUAUGCAGCCCUGGGCCUUCCCUAUGGCAACCAGCCUCAGGUCCCCCUGCAGCCACAGGUCCAAGGCCAGCAGCCCGCCUCCCAGCCCCAGGCUCCCCAUCCACAGAUGAGGACCAUGAAUGUGUUGGGAACCAGUCCUAUGAACCUUCCUUCAGCGGGGAUCACGGAGCAGGUACCCGGCAUGAUCCCUGAGGCGGCGCUUCCGGCUUCCCUGGGGGCAGCAGCAAACCCCCUGAUGAGUGAUGGCACGAAUUCGGGGAGUGCUGGGACCCUUAGCGGAACGAUGCCCACCGCAGCCCCUGCUUCUGGCUCCGGGGCAAGGAAGACCUGGCACGAACACGUCACGCAGGACCUGCGCAACCACUUGGUCCACAAGCUGGUGCAAGCCAUCUUUCCGACUCCCGACCCAGCAGCUCUGAAGGAUCGCCGGAUGGAGAACCUGGUGGCUUACGCCAGGAAAGUGGAAGGGGAUAUGUACGAAUCGGCAAACAGCCGGGACGAGUAUUACCAUUUGUUGGCAGAGAAGAUUUAUAAGAUCCAGAAAGAGCUGGAAGAGAAGCGGCGGUCACGUUUGCACAAGCAAGGGAUCUUGGGCAACCAGCCGGCCUUACAAACCCCCGGGGCCCAGCCCCCUGGCCUCCCUCAAGUGACGGCAGUAGCCCUGGGGCAGACACAGCCCGUCAGGCCCCCCAAUGGCCCUGUGUCCUCCGUGCCAAACGUCCCUGUGAGCCGCAUGCAAGUCUCUCAAGGGAAUGUCCAGAUGCCCCCGACCUCAAUCGGACCGCGAGCUGCUUCCCCCAUGAACCAUCCUGUCCAGAUGAACAACAUGGGCUCCGUUUCAGCGAUGGCCCUAUCUCCCUCCCGGAUGCCUCAGUCACAGAGCAUAAUGGUAGCGCAUGCCAACAGCCUGAUGGGUCCGACAGCCCCCCAGACCCAGUUCCUCGGUCAGAGCCAGUUCCCUGCCGCCUCCGGUGGAGCCCUCAAUGUUGCCAUGGGGCAGGCCCAGGCAGGAGCCUCCUCGCAGGGCCAGGCUCCAGCCGCCUCCCUACCGGCCUCCGUCAGCAUCCUGGGGCCAUCGAGCAACCAGCUUGCCUGUCCCUCCAUCACGCAGCCGCCACCCCUCCACCAGCCUGCGGCCCCUCUGCCCACAACUGCGGUUUCCAUGCCUUCCACAGUCCAGGGAAUGAUCCCUCCACCCUCAGCACCACCGGCGCCUGCCCUACCGCUGCCCCCUUUGGGACAAGGCCCCUCGCCUGCACCCCCCUCAGCCCCCAGCACCACCACCACCACCAUGCAGUUGCAGAGCAUGCCUUCGGGGCAGGCCCAGGCAGCGCCUCAGCCCCGGACCCCUGGGCAGCCCCCCUCUGUGCCAACGCCGCAGCCGCCGCCAUCAUCGCAACUGCCGCCAGCCCAGGCUCCGGUGCCAUCUCAGGCACCCUCCACACCACUCUCUCAGGCUGCAGCGGGGAGCGUCGACAGCCGGGUGCCCAGCCCAGGUUCUGCUGCCGGUGCGGACCUCGGAGCCCAGCCGUUUGGGCACGAGGCGCCGGUGCCGGAGGGGAAGUCCGAAGUGAGGGCCGAAAAAGCCAAGUCGGAGUGUGGCGAAGCCCCAGUGGAGCCAAAACUUGAGCCAGAGGAGGAGGAGGCGGCAGCAGUAGUGAGGCCCACGCAAACCAAAGAGGAACCUGGUGCAGAUGAAGGCAAACAGGAGCCCAUGGAGGUGGAAGGCAGGAAGCCGGAGGUGAAGGAGGAGGAGGACAGUGGAGGGAGCGGAGGAGGCAGCAGCAGCAGCAGUGGCUCUACCUCUCAGUCCACGUCUCCCUCUCAGCCGCGGAAAAAGAUCUUUAAGCCUGAAGAGCUGCGGCAGGCGCUCAUGCCCACCUUGGAGGCCCUCUACCGCCAGGACCCAGAGUCUCUGCCUUUCCGGCAGCCGGUGGACCCUCAGCUGCUGGGCAUUCCGGACUAUUUUGAUAUUGUGAAGAGCCCCAUGGACCUGUCCACCAUCAAGCGCAAGCUGGACACAGGACAGUACCAGGAGCCCUGGCAGUAUGUGGAGGACGUCUGGCUGAUGUUCAACAAUGCCUGGCUCUACAACCGCAAGACCUCCAGGGUCUACAAGUUUUGCACGAAGCUGGCAGAGGUCUUCGAGCAGGAGAUCGACCCCGUCAUGCAGUCCCUGGGAUACUGCUGUGGACGCAAGUAUGAGUUCUCUCCCCAGACCUUGUGCUGCUAUGGGAAGCAGCUCUGCACCAUUCCCCGCGAUGCAGCCUACUACAGCUACCAGAACCGGUACCACUUCUGCGAGAGAUGCUUCACUGAAAUCCAGGGGGAGAACGUUACCCUGGGCGAUGACCCGGCUCAGCCCCAGACAACGAUAUCAAAAGAUCAGUUUGAGAAGAAGAAGAAUGACACGCUGGACCCAGAGCCUUUUGUGGAUUGCAAGGAAUGUGGACGGAAGAUGCACCAGAUAUGUGUCUUACACUACGAUAUUAUUUGGCCUUCAGGUUUUGUCUGUGACAACUGCUUGAAGAAAACCGGCCGAACCCGUAAAGAGAACAAAUUCAGUGCCAAAAGGCUGCAGGCCACCCGUUUGGGGAACCACUUGGAGGAGCGGGUGAACAAGUUCCUGCGGCGGCAGAACCAUCCGGAGGCUGGGGAGGUUUCGGUGCGCGUCGUGGCCAGCUCCGAUAAGACAGUGGAGGUGAAGCCGGGGAUGAAGUCACGGUUUGUUGACUCUCGAGAGAUGUCUGAGUCUUUUCCCUACCGGACAAAGGCCCUCUUUGCCUUUGAGGAGAUUGACGGGGUAGACGUCUGUUUCUUUGGGAUGCAUGUCCAGGAGUACGGCUGGGACUGCCCCCCUCCAAACACCAGGCGCGUCUACAUCUCCUACUUGGACAGCAUCCAUUUCUUCCGCCCAAGAUGCCUCCGAACCGCAGUAUACCAUGAGAUCCUCAUUGGGUACCUGGAGUACGUUAGGAAACUGGGGUACGUGACGGGCCACAUCUGGGCCUGCCCUCCCAGCGAAGGGGACGACUACAUCUUCCACUGCCACCCUCCCGACCAGAAGAUCCCGAAGCCCAAGCGCCUGCAAGAGUGGUACAAGAAAAUGCUGGACAAGGCCUUUGCGGAGCGCAUCAUCCACGACUACAAGGACAUCUUCAAGCAGGCAACGGAGGACCGGUUGACCAGUGCCAAGGAGCUGCCGUACUUUGAGGGCGACUUCUGGCCCAAUGUGCUGGAAGAAAGCAUCAAGGAGCUAGAGCAGGAGGAGGAAGAGAGGAAGAAGGAAGAGAGCAGCGCCUCCGGGGAAACAACAGAGGGGAGCCAAGGGGACAGCAAGAAUGCCAAGAAGAAGAACAACAAGAAGACCAACAAGAACAAGAGCAGCAUCAGCAGGGCCAACAAGAAGAAGCCCACCUUGCCCAAUGUCUCCAAUGACCUCUCGCAGAAGCUCUAUGCCACCAUGGAGAAGCACAAGGAGGUCUUCUUUGUGAUCCACCUCCAUGCCGGCCCUGUGGUCAACACCCUGCCACCCAUCGUGGACCCGGAUCCGAUGCUGAGCUGCGACCUGAUGGAUGGCCGCGAUGCUUUCCUGACCUUGGCCCGGGACAAGCACUGGGAGUUCUCUUCCUUGCGGCGCUCCAAGUGGUCUACCCUCUGUAUGCUGGUGGAGCUGCACACCCAGGGCCAGGACCGCUUUGUCUACACCUGCAAUGAGUGCCGGCACCAUGUCGAGACGCGCUGGCACUGCACCGUCUGUGAGGACUACGACCUGUGCAUCAACUGCUACAACGCUAAGAACCACGAGCACAAGAUGGUCAAGUGGGGCCUGGGCCUGGACGACGACGGUGGGGGCAGCGGCCAGGGCGAGGCGCAGUCCAAGAGCCCCCAGGAGUCGCGUCGGCUAAGCAUCCAGCGCUGCAUCCAGUCCCUGGUGCACGCCUGCCAGUGCCGCAACGCCAACUGCUCGCUGCCCUCUUGCCAGAAGAUGAAGCGGGUGGUGCAGCACACCAAGGGCUGCAAGCGCAAGACCAACGGUGGCUGCCCGGUCUGCAAGCAGCUGAUUGCCCUGUGCUGCUACCACGCCAAGCACUGCCAGGAGAACAAGUGCCCCGUGCCCUUCUGCCUCAACAUCAAGCACAAGCUCCGCCAGCAGCAGAUCCAGCACCGCCUGCAGCAGGCCCAGCUCAUGCGCCGAAGGAUGGCCACCAUGUCAACACGCGUGCCUCCGCAGACACAGCAACCGCCACAGCAACAACAGCAGAGCUUGCCUUCGCCUACCUCAGCCACCCCCGGGACUCCCACGCAGCAGCCGCCCAGCGCCCCACAGACCCCGCCCCAGCCCUCCCCCGUCAGCAUGGCAACGGCCGCCUUCCCCGGCAGGACUCAGGGUCCCCCGCUGCCACCGGCCCCCCUCUCAUCUGGGAAGCCUGCCCCCCAGGUGCCCGGCCCCCCACUGCCCCCACAGCCACCCCCUGGAGCUGUGGAGGCUGCCAGGCAGAUCGAGAUCGAGGCUGCACAGCAGCAGCAACAACAACAGCAGCAGCAACAACAACAACAGCAGCAGCAGCAGCAGCAACAGCAGCUCUACCGAGUCAGCAGCAACGGCCUACCCCCUGGGCGCCUCGGCCUGGUCAGCCCUGCAUCCCUCAGCGCCCUGAACACCCUCCAGCAACAACAGCAGCAGCAGCAGCCUCCGCAGCAGCUCCCGCCUCCACAACCCCCACCAGUUGGCCUGAGCGUGGCGCGCCCCGGUUCGGCUGGCAGCGGCCCCAUGAUGCCCGUCUUGGGUUCCGGCCAGUGGUCCUCAGCCGCCCCCAUGGCCCAGGCAGCCCCCCUGCAGCCAGGGAUGCCACGGCCGGUCCUCCCGAUGCCUCCCCAGCAGCAGCCGCCUCCUCAGCAGCAGCAGCCACAGGCAGUGGGCGUCCCUCGGAUGAGCGGUGCGCAGUCAGCCCCCUCCCGCAGCAUCGCCCCCAACGCCCUGCACGAGCUGCUCCGGACCCUCAAGUCCCCCAGCUCCCCCCAGCAGCAGCAGCAGGUGCUCAACAUCCUAAAGUCCAACCCACAGCUGAUGGCUGCCUUCAUCAAGCAGCGAACAGCCAAGUACGUGGCCAGCCAGCCGGGCCUCCAGCCCCCGCAGGCCGGAGCCCUCCAGCAGCAGCCACCACCGCAGCAGCAGCAGCCUCCUCCACCCCCACAGGGGCUCCACGCUCAGCCGGGCCUGCAGAACGUGGGCACCAUGGCGGCAGGGGUCCCUCGGCCGGGACUCUCUCCCCAGCAACAAGGGAUGGGGGCCCUUGGUGCCCAGGGCCAGGCCCUCAGCCUCAUGAACUCUGGCGGCGGCCACGGUCCCAGCAUGGCCGCCAUGAGCCCCCAGUACCGGGAGAUCCUGCGCAGGCAGCUGCUCCAGCAACAACAGCAGCAACAGCAGCAGCAGGGGGUGCCCGGGAUGGGGGCCCAUGGCCAAUUCCCUCAGCCCACCGGCCCCGUGGGAUACUCCCAGGCCGCCUUGCAACAGCAGCAGCAGCAGCAGCAGCAGCAUCGGAUGCAGCAGCAGCACCUCUCCCUGCCUAUGGGGCCGAUGGGACCCCUGAACUCUCUGGGCCCCGAGGGUAGCCCGAGCCUGCAGCAGGCCCUCCAGCAGCGGCUUCUCCAGCAGCAGCAGCAGCAACAGCAGAUGAAGCCCCCGCCUGUGCCCCCUCUGAUGGGCUCCCCUGGGGGGCCCCCCAACCCCAUGAGCCCCCAGGGGCACCUGCUUCCCGGACAGCCCCCCAGCUCCACGGGGCCCGCACCCCCCCUGCACCCUGGACAGCCCCCCCAUGGCGGCCAGGUGCGCUCCCCGGCCCCAGUCCAGUCGCCGCGCCCCCAGUCACAGCCCCCUCCCCCACACUCGAGCCCCUCCCCCCGUGUGGCCCCUUCCCCGCAGACGGGCUCCCCGCUCUCGCUACCGGGGCUGGCAGGGGGGCCUUUGGACCCGGGGCACCUGGGGGGAGGGCCUCCCCCCGAGACGCAGAGCGCCAUGCUGCCCCAGCUGAACCCACCCAACCGGGGCGUCCUGCCGGGGGACCUCUCCCUGGUUGGGGGGGACGCCUCGGGGGGCGACACGCUGGAGAAGUUCGUGGAGGGCUUGUAGCCCCCCCCCCCUCGGCUUUCCAUUUGGACCCUUUUGGGCCGGAAGAGGAAUGGGGGGCCUCGGAGGAAGAGGAGGAGGCUCUGUUUGGACCCAUCGGGAAGGACCCAUUGCUUGGCCCCCGUUUCAAAACAAAGAAUAUAUAUUUUUUGUUAAAGCCAACGGAUGGCUCUUCUUUUUGUUGUUCUUGUUGUGGGUUUCUUUCUUCUUCUUUUUUUAAAGUUUUGUUGUUACUGUUGACUAUUGCUUUUUAAAAAGGGGGGGAAUUAGUCCAUUAUAUCCAUAUUUUUAUUUGCAAUUUCAAGACUAAGCGUUUGCGUUUAAUGGAGAAGAAAACCGAUAUCCAGAAAUGCCACAUCCUGACACAUCCUUCUUCUUUUUUUCGAUCGAAAGGUUUCUUUCCCGUUCCGUCUUGAGCUCUGCAGGCGACCGAAAGUAUUAUUAUUAUUCUAAUUAUUAUGAAUUGCCCUCAGAACAGAUAGGAAUCGGCUCUUGCAGACUCGCAGACGCGCACACAGCCUUUGUUGCCGACGCAAAACCUAUAGCUUCGUAUCUGGGGAAAGACUAGUUUUGGAUGUAUAAAAGGAAAGAGAGGAAGAGGGACGGUCAUUUCCGGGCCCAUUCAUAUUUUAACAGGGAAGAAAUAUAUUCUUUUCUUUAAUUCUUUGACGUGAAACUUGAAACGAGAAAAAGCAAUUCUAGUGUAAAUCAUGCAAGCUCUCAAAUUCCUAUAAAUAUUUAAAGAAAUCCAAGAUUCAAUCACUGUAUAGACUGGGGAGGGGGGACGGACUCAUUUCUUACUUCUCUUAGGCAUAUUGUUCAAUAAACGGUGUGCAACAGACAAAGAGGGUGGUCCUUGAAUCCAUGUACAUGUUAUUAACUGAGUGUUUGGGGACUUUUUUUUUUUGUUAUGAAAAAUGCUGUUUUCAACAUUGUAUUUGGACUAUGCAUGUCUCUUUUUUCCAUUGUAUAUAUAGUAUUGCUUAAAAGUGAUAUAAAUUACUGAAGUUUUUAA